AUGGAAUCUUUGAGCGACACCAGAUGGGAUGUCGUGAUAUCGGGUACAGGACUGCGGCAUUCGCUGCUAGCCUUAGCUCUAUCCCGCUCCAAUAAAAAGAUAUUGCACGUCGACGAGAAUGAUUAUUAUGGCGGCCCUGAAGCUGCUUUUAGCUUGCAGGAAGUUGAUGAGUGGGUAGAGGAGCUCGGGAAAGCUCCCACGUCGACACUCUUCCGAAAUGCAAGCAUCUGGAAGUCCGAGGAGGAAACGUCAACAGACUCACCAACGCUCUCAUUCUCACGGGCAUACACCCUCACACUGUCACCUCAAAUCAUCUACACCAAGUCGAAACUUCUCUCGCGGCUUGUAUCGUCAAAGGUUUACCGCCAGCUUGAAUUUCAGGCAGUGGGCAACUGGUGGAUCUACAACGCCGAAGAGGCAGUGCUGAAACGCUUGCCCAACGGAAGAGAGGAUAUAUUUCAGGACAAAAACAUCGAUAACAGAGCCAAGCGUAAUCUUAUGAAGUUUCUGAAGUUUGUUGUCGACUAUGAGAAUCAAACAGAUGUUUGGGAAGCCCAAUCUGAGAGCGGCCUGGAUAUCUUUCUCUCUUCGAAAUUCAACUUCCCUGCUCAUCUGCAAAUCGUCAUCACAGCACUGACUUUGUCGCUCGCACCACCGAGUGAGACAUCGGUCAAGUGGGCUCUUCCACGAAUUGCACGGCACUUGACAUCCAUUGGCCUCUUCGGACCGGGAUUCGGUGCUGUUGUGCCAAAGUGGGGUGGGGGGGCAGAGAUAUCACAAGUUGCGUGUCGAGCUGGCGCAGUCGGGGGUGGCGUAUACGUUCUUGGUACCGGCAUUGAAAAUGUGAAAGUUGUCGAAGCUGAAGAUACAGAAUCCCCAGCGUUUCACUUAGCCUUGUCAAAUGGCGAGGCUGUCGGUACCAAGCUUUACGUCCACGAAGCCACUGACAAAGACAAUGGCGGAAUCACGACAGUCUCGAAAGCCAUCUCGAUCAUCUCAUCCUCAGUACCAUCUCUGUUUCGAAGCACCGUUGAAGGCUCACCGCUUGCAGCAGUGUCUGUUGUCGUCUUCCCACCAAUGUCACUUCAGAUUGCAGAUGGUAUCCAAUCCGAUCCCGUCUAUAUCAUGGUUCACUCGAGUGAAACAGGUGAAUGCCCUGCUGGCCAAAGCGUUCUAUAUUCAACGACCAAAUCCUCCAGCCUCAGUAAGAUUGUAUUGCAGGCAGCUCUCGAAAGUCUGAUGAAUAGAGUCCCCAACCAGGGCAAGCUGCUUUACACAUUGUACUAUGAGCAAACAGCACCAUCUGGAUCGCCACUCGACCUUUCUUUCGAUGAUCAGCUGCUCGAACAAGUCGAAGCUCAGUGGCGUGAGGUCAUGGCAGAAAAAGCAAACGAAGAAUCAUUCAUGCAAUUCGAGGAGAGAAAGGGCAUGGAGGCUGAAGAGGAAGACGAUAAUGAUUAUUGA